AGUCAACUGUGCAGGCCCCACCCUUUGUGUUGCUUACCGCCAGUCAAUCAAAAUAGAAACAAAUCUUGACAGUUAUCACCUAUUUCUACGCGCCCGCCGUCAAUAACUGACUACCGGUCAUGUCGGGUUGGUUGUAGCUGCAAAAACUCUCCGUUUAACGGCAAGUCACGCCAUGACUGCGCCAGAACAACCCAUGAAAGCAGACGAAAUGGCUGCUUUGGACGUCAACAGCAAUCAGAGCAACUUUUUGCAACAUGAAGACGGCACGGGCAAUCAGGACAUUGAGUCGUCGUCCCUCGACCUGCUCGCGACCACCUGCACUAAGGUUGGCUCACCGGCAUCAGAGGUGGACAGAGGUGCUGCCGCUGGUGUGGCUACAGAUCAGACUUCUGCACAGCUUACAGUGUCUGAUAAAUGGGAGGUGUUAGCCCCCACCACGGCUGCAAAGGAUGACUCCGGGAUACUCCAGAUCCAAGGCCAAGGAAUAUUAACGUCAAAUGGACAGUACGUUCUUCCUCUCCAGAGUUUGCAGAGUCCGCCGAUUUUCGUGUCGUCGGGAAGCGACACUGCCUCUGCCAAUUCAGUGCCUAGCAUUCAGUACCAAGUAAUCCCUCAGAUUCAGACUACAGACGGACAACUGAGCUUCGCCACCACAGGGUUGGAGGGAGCAAAUCUGAGUCAGGAUGCGGCGGGACAGAUUCAGAUCUUACAUGACGGUAGUCAAGGUCUGUGUGUGACCUCUGCUGCGAGCAUCCUUACCAACAACCAGAGCCUCGUAUCACAGACUGGGACUAUGCAUCAGAUCCAGGGGAUUUCUAUCGGCAGCUCCGCGUUCAACAACCAGGCUCAGGUUGUUACCAAUGUGCCUGUGGGUUUGCCGGGGAACAUCACUUUUGUUCCGAUCAACAGCAUAGACUUGGAGGCGCUAGGCCUAUCCGGGGCCCAGACUAUCGCCACGGGCGUCACUGCAGACGGCCAGCUAAUCAUGGCGGAUCAACCGGGUAGCGGCUCUGAGAGUCAGGAGAAGACCGGCGACGGCCUCUCGCAGACAUUAUCAGCGAAUGAGGUCAAUGCUGAGCUUUUUGUGCCCACGUCUUCCUCCCAGCUGCACAAUUCCACCGGCGAAUCCAGCCUCCUGACCCAGGACACCUCGUUGUCGUCUGUGGCAACGCAGCGGUCCGACUCCAACGCCGGCUUCCAGCAGGGUUUCAUCCAACAAACUCCAGAGCCGAACAUCCAGGCGACGUCCGCUCCGCCCGUCGUCCAGCUGCAGCAGGUGCCCCUGCAGACCGCCAACGGGCAGGUGGUCCAAUCGGUGGCUGCGGCCGGCCAAGGCGUGCAAAACCUUCAGCUUAUCAACCCCGGGACCUUCAUCAUCCAAGCCCAGACGGUGACCCCGUCAGGCCAGAUCCAGUGGCAGACCUUCCAGGUGCAAGGUGUGCAGAACCUGCAAAACCUUCAGCUUCCCACCACUGGCUCUCAGCAGAUCACUCUGGCUCCCGUCCAGACCCUCUCACUGGGGUCCAAUCCGGUCGGCGUCAACACUGGUCAGAUGCCCAACAUACAAACAGUGACAGUCAACUCAGUGGCGCAACAGCAAGGAAAUGCAGACAUGCCAAGAGACAUCCGGAUAAAGGAGGAGCCAGACUCAGCGGAGUGGCAGCUAAGCUCCGAUUCCACCCUAAACACCAGCGAUCUGUCCCACCUUCAGGUCAGGCUAGUGGAGGACGAGGAGUAUAUUGGCCUGGGAGGCAAAAGGCUACGUCGGGUGGCCUGCACUUGCCCUAACUGUAAAGAAUCUGGUGGGAGGGGAUCCGGCAUGGGGAAGAAGAAGCAGCACAUCUGCCACAUCACAGGCUGCGGCAAAGUCUAUGGAAAGACGUCACACCUGCGAGCACACUUGCGUUGGCAUUCCGGAGAGCGACCUUUUGUCUGCACUUGGAUGUACUGCGGGAAAAGGUUCACGCGCAGCGACGAGCUGCAGAGACAUCGGAGAACACACACAGGCGAGAAGAAGUUCGUGUGCCCGGAAUGUUCCAAGCGCUUCAUGAGAAGCGACCACCUGGCCAAGCACAUCAAAACCCACCAGAACAAAAAAGGCGUGAACUCCGGCAGCACCAUGGUGACGUCGCUGGAGUCGGCGGGCUCCUCGGACAGCCUCAUCACCACGCCGGGCGGGACCACGCUCAUCCUCACCAACAUCCAGCAGGGCUCCAACAACGCCCAGGACAUCCUGGCCAACGCCGAGAUCCCCCUGCAACUCGUCACCACCUUAGCGGCCAGCGAAGUCAUGGAGUGAUUUGACGCGACGCUUGCACAAACUCACGCGGCGGGCGCCAUUCUCGUAUACUCCUUCCCGUUUUUUUUUUAUUCCAGUUUAGAAGAAAAAAACUAAAUAAAUGAAAUAAUGAUAUAUAUUUUACCAUUUUAAAAGAGAAAGUCCGCUCUGCUGUGAAGUGGAGUUAAGAAUAGAAGAAGACAUUGCAGUAAUUACACAAGGAAAUGCCUUAUUUUGUACGACGUAGUGUAGUGCAGGUAUAGGGUGCCCUCAAUCAACCAUGUCAAUCAUGUUUUUCCACCUUUUCUUAUCGUCACCUUAUGUCCUUCUUUGCCUCACCCCCAAGUCAAAUGUACCCUAAAUUACUGUCUUUGAUGCAAAUGUAUUUAAAUUGCUCUUUUUUUUUUUUUUUUUUCUUCCCCGUCUUUUGUGAAGAUGCAUUUUCCUCACAGCUUCCGGUUAAGCAAUUCUCACUGCAGUUUCUUGGGUGGAAACAACAAUUUUUCUAACUUAAUUUUAGAAGGACCAACAUUUCAAUGGAUCAUUAGAUAUUUUGGAGCAGAUCGUUAUGUUGGCAGCAUAAAUGCGUUUUGUAAAGAACAAGAUCUUUUGUAAGCCAUCUUUGGUGAGAGUUGCCAAAUUUGCCUCAGGGUGAGUUUUAACUGCAUCGUAACACAAGUGUAGAUUGAAAAUAUCCCCUGUAACGUCUCGAUUUUGGAGACAAAUCCUUUCAGAUGGACCAAAAGCUCAGAAGAAAGACAGCGCUCAUUGCGUAAUUAGCCAGGUCACGUCUUUAUUUUUCCCCCAUUUGAUGAUGCUUGCUUCUUUUAUUGAAUCAUCUCAGCUGUGCAAUUCACAAUCAGUCCAAUUUAAGUGUAAAUGUCAUUUUGAAGGUGGUACUUUGAAUUUUGAACAGCACUGUCUUCAUCGUGAACUAUUGUCGGCGUCCGUGUCAGCAAAUCUCUAUUUGUAUAGAUUUUUAUAAGAAAUAUGUUGCAUUCCCAUAGUCAACGUUCUUAUUUCUGCCCCCGACUCGAAAGAAAUAGGUGAAAUUAGUUAUAUAACUUUUUAUAUAUAUAUAAGUAUACAUUGUCCUCUUCAGCUGACACACAGCUCGUUGUGUACUAAGAUUUGCAGUUUUUACUUGUUUAGAACUGUACAAAAAACUGUCUAUAAUGUCAUUAUAAAGAUUUCUGUUACACUCAAA